CUGCACCCUAGCGAUCUCCUGUGUGGCAUCGAAAGCCGUACGAAGCUGCACGAAAAAAUGGAGGGACGAGAUAAUAAUGGCUUCAUCGGAGACAGCAGCCCCUCCAUAGCGGGCCAAUUUCGCUGGAAUACACCGAAUGGCGUCCAUCCGCAGAAUGCACAUGGCGUCGCACUGACGGAUGUCGAGUUGGCUGGAGGAAAAACCGUCCACCGGACGGUUUCACCGGAUAAUGCACCUCCCAAUGUUAGCUCUAUUCCCACGCCAGUCAACGGCGAUCGCGAUCAGUGGGGCAAAGGGAUCGAGUUCCUGAUGUCCUGCAUCGCGAUGUCGGUUGGUCUUGGCAAUGUCUGGCGGUUUCCAUUCGUGGCCCUCGAGAACGGUGGCGGUGCGUUCGUUAUACCGUACAUCAUCGUGCUGCUGCUAGUCGGCAAGCCAGUUUACUACAUGGAAAUGAUCAUAGGCCAAUUUUCCAGCCGUGGAAGCGUCAAGGUGUACGAUAUGGCACCCAUCAUGCGAGGUGUUGGCUAUGGACAGUUGUUCUCGGUGUCCACUCUAAUAACGUACUACUCCUCGCUUAUGGCACUAAUUGCACGGUACAUGAUAGACUCGUUCAUGAAUCCCCUGCCUUGGGCGAGAUGCCGAUCGGAAUGGCUACCGAACUGCGUGGAUUCGGAGGCAAAAAUGAUGCCGUUGCAGGUGAACGAAUCUUCUUUGCAUAAUGUAACGGCAGGCAUCCAAACGCUCACCGGCUCUACGGUGAGCAGUAGUUCGGAGUUGUACUUUACUAAGGUCGUGUUGAAGGAGUUGGACGGAAUUGACGAUGGAAUUGGACUUCCCGAUCUAAGGUUAACAUUGUUCCUCGUACUGUCGUGGUCCUUGGUGUUGUUGACCCUCAUAAAAGGCGUUAAAAGUUCCGGCAAGGCGUCCUACUUCCUCGCUCUAUUCCCGUACGUUGUUAUGACCGUUCUGCUGAUCCGCGCAUGCACUCUCCCAGGUGCCGUGGAUGGUAUCGUGUACUUCCUCAAACCACAGUGGGAUAAAAUUUACGAUCCCAAGGUGUGGUACGCCGCAGUCACGCAAUGCUUCUUCUCGCUGUCGAUCUGCUUCGGCAACAUCAUCAUGUACUCAUCGUAUAACAAGUUCCGCCACAACGUGUAUCGUGACGCGACGAUCGUCACAUCGAUCGACACCUUCACCUCACUGUUGGCCGGCUGCACCAUAUUCGGCAUUCUAGGCCAUUUAGCGCACGUCACCGGCAAGACGGACGUGGGUAACGUCGUAAAAUCGGAUGCGGGUCUAGCGUUUAUCUCGUAUCCGGAGGCGAUAGCGAAAUUUGAGGUUCUACCGCAAGCCUUUUCGGUGCUGUUUUUCCUCAUGCUGUUCGUGCUCGGAAUUGGCAGCAACGUGGCCAUGACCUCGUGCGUGAUGACGGUUAUUAAGGAUCAGUUCCCGCGGGUGCGAAACUGGCAGGCGGCCUCGAUCAUCGCCAUUUGUGGCGUGCUUCUAGGAAGUAUUUACGUCACACCGGGAGGCCAGUACAUUCUGAAGCUGGUCGAUUACUAUGGUGCCUCAUCGAUCGCGCUGGUGCUCGCGAUUGCCGAAUUGAUUGCGAUCGGAUGGGUCUACGGGGUGGAUCGGUUGUGUAAGGAUACAGAAUUUAUGCUCGGUCACCGACCCAACAUUUACUGGCGGAUCUGCUGGCGUUGGAUCACUCCCCUGCUCAUGUUCGUCAUUCUUAUCUAUAACCUUGUUACACUGGAACCUCUGAUGUACAAACAGUACGUCUAUCCAACGAUCGCGUAUGAUAUUGGUUGGUGCAUUUUUGCGUUUGGAUUACUCCAGCUACCUAUCUGGGGUAUCUACGCUGUUUACAAGCAAGAUGGAAAAACGUUGAACGAGAAAAUUAGAAACGCGCUGAAACCAACGCCAGCCUGGGGACCGCUCGAUCCUGCCACCCAUUAUGAGUACAAAAAGUUCAUCGAUGAAGACUGAAUGCUACCAGAUGGGAUGCGAUCGUCUAAAAUCGGUGGCUAAACUACACAGUAUUUUAAAGUUUUUUUUACUAAAGACCCCGACGAGCACGGUCGUCUUUGAUUCGUUCAAUGCAACGCAAUGGUGUUACUGCUAUGUGAUACGUACGAUAUAAUAUUGAUUGUAAUUUAUUGUUCACAAGUUAGAAUAAAAUAAAACAUAAAAGCCAUCCGCGAUCGAUCGGGUUAACCGACGGGCCUGAGAUGUAUAAUGUUAUGGUUAU